CGGCGGUGGCGCGGCGGAGCGGGGCGCGCGCGGCGGGAGCAGGUGCUGUUCCUGAAAACAAGAGCAAACAUGGUUUACACAGUGAAUGAAGCUUAAAUUCCUGGACCAAAAACUGAGGGCUUGUUUUCAUGAAGGAUGGCAACACCAUAUGUUCCUGUUCCUAUUCCUAUUGGAAGUUCAUCAUCCAGCUUUACAAACAGAAACCAAAGAAGUUCUUCCUUCGGGAGCAUUUCAACGAGUUCGAGCUCCUCGAAAGGACAGCUGGAGGACUCUACAGUUGAUGGUUUUAAAAAGAUGAGUGUGCCUGACCAGAUUGGUUCCACAUCAUCUGCAUGUAGCAGUCCCCUUGUUAGGACUAAAUUUACAGGUCUGGAUACAUCCAUAGAAUACAGUACUCAGCCUGUAGAAGAAAUAGAGCAGAAUGAAGAUUCCAGGACCUGGGAAGAUCGACCAACCACACCUACUAUUCUGGGCUAUGAGGUGAUGGAGGAAAGGGCAAAAUUCACUGUAUACAAAAUACUGGUGAAAAGAAGUCCAGAGGAAAGCUGGGUGGUGUUCAGACGGUACACAGAUUUCUCCAGGCUUAAUGACAAGCUAAAAGAUAUGUUUCCAGGCUUUCGGUUGGCCCUUCCGCCAAAGCGCUGGUUCAAGGAUAAUUACAAUCCUGACUUCUUGGAAGAUCGACAGCUGGGGUUGCAGGCAUUCCUCCAGAACCUAGUAGCUCACAAAGAUAUUGCUAACUGCCUUGCAGUGAGAGAAUUUCUUUGUCUGGAUGAUCCUCCAGGUCCUUUUGACAGUCUGGAAGAGAGCAGGGCUUUCUGUGAAACUCUGGAGGAAACAAAUUAUCGCCUACAAAAAGAACUGCUUGAAAAACAAAGGGAGGUUGAAUCACUGAAGAAAUUAUUAACGGAAAAGCAACUUCAAAUUGAUGCUGUUGAAAGAAGAAUUAGGGAUUUAUCUUUAGGAAAAAUGACUCGUCAGAUGUCAGGAGAAGAAAGUGAGUGCAGUGGUGAGGUGGAGUCUUCUGCAGUAGAAGCAGACCAGGGUACCCUGGGUGAGGACAGCUGCUCAGACAAGGAGAACCAUGAGCCAUGCUGGAGUGGCUCUUUGGCUGGAAAUUCUGUGCCAGAAAUUGAAGUUGCUGAAGUAGCCUAUACCACAGAUGAAGAAUAGCUGAGCAGCAGCAGCUGUUACCUGGGAAAGGUUCAUGUUAAGGGUGUCUCUGUGGGCAGGAUCAUAGAGGAGCUGUGAAGAAUUCACAGCAAAGAGCAAGAAUGCACAUAUUGAAUGUUUACAUAAAUCCUUACAAAUUAUUAAUGUAAGAAAUAUAUCCAGUGCUGCUUUGAUUUCAGUUUUUAUCUAGCCUUUAUAUAUUUAAUAUAUUGAAGUCUAAUAAGGGCUAAAAUCAGCUAAAGUUUAGAUAGUGUAUAUACACAAUUUGGCUGACUUUCCUAGCAGAAUGACAAAAGUUUCACAGUAAAUCAUGGAACACCUCUAACUCAUAUGACAUAUAUUGCCACUGUUGUGACACAUUUGAUGUGUUCAUCUGUUUGGUAUUUGUAUAGCCAUAAAAUAAUGCUUGCUGAAGUAAAGAUGGACUCAUUUGUGUAUAGGAAUGGAGAAUGUGUUGGUUUUACAUUCUAAAGUUGAAGAAAGUUUCUCUGGAAGUUUUAUGCAAUGCAAUAGGAAAACUUCCAGUACCAAGAGCAAAGUAGUUACAGCUUGGAAUCAUAGUUGGACAUUGUAAAAUGGUCAUUUUUGCUGAAAGAACUGAUCUGAGACCCCCAAAACACUGUGUAUUUUCAUCCCAAGAUAGCAUGCUGUAAUAUUUUUUGUUCAGUAAUGCUGCUUUGAAAAUCUGGGAUACCUUUGUUAUAUACAUGUAACACGUAACAACAAAAUCUGUAAAUUUGCCUUUUACUCAGAACACUACCUCUUACCACCUUGCUAAUGCAUUCAUGUUUGUUUAAAAAUAUUCCAGAUUAUAUGGAGGCUAUUGAAAGACUUGUAAAGAAGCCAUAUUUUUUUCCUGCACAGUUCAUAACUAGAUUGAAUCUAGUCGCAGUGUAUUUUUGUUUCAAUAUAUUGUACACAUGGGGAUGUUGGUACCUAUGUUGUAUAGCCUAUUUUUCAAAAUGUAUUAAGACAGGAGAUGCACUUUAUAAUUAAGACUCCAUUGUGCCAAGUUCAGUUGGCUAAUUGGUUGAGAAAUGGGAGUUGCAGGGAGAGGAUUAUGUAGUGCCUUUUUGUAUUUUACUUGUUCAUUACUGCAGAAUUUUGUUACAGUGCUCUGGGUCAGUUCUGUGGAAUCUUUGAUACAGCAUUUUUCUGUUCUUCCCUUAUUUACUGAAAGUGCCUUGUUUUAUUAUGCUUUUCCAAUAGAAAUAAUGCUGUUUUGUUUUAAUUUUUUUUUUUUUGCCCUAUACCACCCACAUUGUUGUUUAAUGUUGUCAAUAUGCAGUGUCUUUGUGCUGGAGUUUUCAAAGGGAGCUUUGUACUUCAGGCUAUGCAUACAAUGACCUUUAUGCAGAACUGUAUAAACCUUCCUGGUAAAAUAAAACUAUGGACAAAACACCUGUCUUCUUUUUUGCAUUGUAGAAAAAAACAAACAUUUAAUCCCUUGUCAAGUAGAAGGAUCAAAUACUGAAUGAGACAUUUCUUACCUCAGAGAUUUCCUGCACUUACUCAGGCUUGGUCUGAAUCCUAUUUUUACCAAAAGUUGUCUGCAUGAAAAUGAAUGAGAAUGCUGUGACACCAGAAACCUUACUGUACUUCUGUUGAAGGUAAAAGUAAAAAAGGAACUGAUUUUUUUUUUUUAAUAUCCUACAUAAAUCCUCACAGAUGUUGAGUGAACUCAAUAAACUUUUGGCACAUUAUUGAAAA